AUGUCUUUGAUUGAUAAGAUCUAUAUCUACAAAGAUUUCUGUUGCAAGAUUGGGGUUUGCCUGAAGGAAUUUAAUGGCGAAGGCCUCCUCUGGCAAGAAGAAAGGGAGCUAACCCGAGCCCUGUAUGCUUCCCUGCAGAGACCUAGAUCAGAACAGGAUGUCUCCGAUGAACUACUGCAACAUGAGAACCCAGAGCUAGAGAGCAAGGAACCUGAGAGUCAAGUCAACAGAAUCCUUUUGGACUUACCUGAUUUACAGCUACAUGUAGGUGCAGAGCAACAGUUUGUGGAAUCUCCAUCUACAGCCAGAGAGGCAGAACCCCUCCUUCUAAAUGAACCCCAAAGACUGACAGAUAUCACUGAGCAGCAGAGAAGCAUUGAAGUUGUAGAGAAUUCUGUUGUAGACCAUUCAGCUGUAGACCAUCCUGUUGUAGAACACUCGGUUCUAGCCCACCCUGUUGUCAAUCACACUGUAGUGAACCAUGCUUUAGUGGACAUCGAACACUCUAAAGAACCUCUAAAUAUAACUGACCCUGAACACACAGACAUUCAAGCAACAGAAGAAUUUCAUGAUUUAAAUUCUACAAUAGUUAAUUCCCAACCUGAGCAACGUCCUGUGAAACAGAGACCCCCAAAGCCUAGAGACCCAGCAAAACACAAACCUUCACCAAAAAGGAAGGAGCCUUCAACAGUGAAAGACUCAUCAAAAUCAAAGAAAUCUCUAAAGGUUGAGAGGCCGUCAAAGCCCAAAGGUUUGUCCAAGUCAAAAGAGUCGGUAGAAACAAAACGAUCUCACAAGAAGAAAGUGCUACCUGGACAAUUUGAAUCUUCCAAGAUUUCUAGGUCUAAAUUAGUUUCUACAAAGACAUCAAAACCAGAGUUACCAAAGCCUGUAGUCACCAGGUCUCGCUCUCCUAAAGCUAGUAGCCCAAGGCUGCUAGGGCUAAAACCUAAGGAAGUUUCUAAGGAAUCCUCUGAAAGUAUUGCUCAUCGCCUCAGAGCAUCUGCGUUAGUCAAUUCAGGGAGUGCUAUGGGAAGUGUUCUGGGCCGACCUUCAAGAUCUCAAGAGAGGAAACAGACCACAGAAUCCAAUGCAGUGAACAAGGCUUGUUCAGAUGAAAGUAAGAAUUCAGGUGAUUUCCUUCCACCACCACUACUGCCACCACCACUGCUUCCUCCAAAGAAACACAAAUCAAAUGCUGCAGUCCCCUUGAAACAAUCCUCCACUAAACGCACAGAAAAGAAGUGCUUUGCUGUCAGCAGAGAGAGAAGCUCUGCAAAAGCCAAACGAGUGCCUAGCGUGCAUGGCAAAAGCCCCAAACUGAACUCCAUACCCAAGCGGCCCCUGCGAAGUCUACGCCGGGACCUACGUAGUAGGAGCAAGUUUAAGAUGCCUCAGGCGGAACCUGUGACGGGUCCAACCACACGUCGAAGUACCAGAAGCCAAAACACUUCCUCAGCGUCAUCAAAUACUGAUAGUCAAGAUGAGACUAAGUCAACAUCGUCCACAUCAUCGGUGACUAGACGACCCACGGUUAGGAAGGCAAAGGAGAGACAGGUUGCAAAGAGGAAGAGUAAAGCCACCACAGUCUCAUCAACUUCUGGAGAAGAGACUGACACCAAGGGAUCAAAACCUAAAAAGGCCAAGGUCCAAGCCCAGCGCAAGUUUGCCUACCCCCAGGCCUACAGUCCGGGCUGCACCCCAUCUAAGAUGAAGAAUGGAGACAUGAUGAACCCUUCUAAAUCCUGCAGCAUCUUCAACCACUGCCCUUCUACUGAAGACUUCUUAACAUUCCUGUGUCUCAGAGGCACGCCAGCUCUACCUCCCAGUUUGGAUCUGUUCAACGUGCAAAGUAAACCUAUACUAAACCUUUUGCAGUCCAUGCCAAAGCAACUGGCUGGCCGCAAGAGGAGUGCCUCCAGCACCUUGCGAAGCGACAACGACAUCAACAUACCAGGCAUCGAGCCCCUUCCUAGAGAGGACCCUGCCCCUUCUACUCCCACUCCAACCCCGCCCAAGGGCACCAAGGUCUCUCCUCCAAGACAAGCUAAGACAGCGGCCAUGGCAUCAGGCACUCUCCUGCAACAGAAGAUGAACAUCAAGAAUAGGAGGCUCAGACUCGAUGCCAUGCAUUUCAAGGCUUCUGGCAAAUUGAAUAAGAAUCUUCGGAACUCCUUCAAGUCCAACCAAAACAACAUUCUUGGCAACGGUCCUCAGCGGUUACCGCCCAGUCUAUCUCCAGUGCCUCCACCUAUCCUGGCAGUCCAGCGCAGCAGGCAUCCACCCCCACUGAUCCCCAUCGUACCCUGGGAGAACAAACGCUGCCAGACAAACAAUCACCUCUCUAGCAGGAAUGCUGCCCAGAUGGCUGGGAGGAAGUCGUCUGUCAGAACCAACUUGACCAGAUCCUCAGGAAGAUCCUCUAGUAGAAACUGUGUGCCUUCAAAGAACAACAUCGUUAAUCAUAGACUAGACAAAAACAUACAAGAGGACCAAAGCCCCAUCAUCGCUACCUCAAAAGCAAAGAACAGUGGUCAGAGGAGAGUGACCCAAAAGAACAACCACAAAAACAGUGACAGAAACUCAAGGAUAUCACCGAGACUGAAGAAUGAAAGAUGUUCAGGUGAAGUCAUCAAUGGGUCAAAUCACCUUCUUGAUAAACUUGAUGGUGCUACUAAUGGUCAUACCCUUCUGAGUCAAAUCAAGCUUCUGAAAGGAUCCAGAAGAGAGCGCAAGGAGAAGAAAUGCUCCUGUCAUUCACAGAAUUGUUCCCAAAGGACACGGUCAAGGCAUAAGAAUGGUGAUAGGGAUUUGGCCUUCGAGGGUGCCAUUGAGGAAGUGCUAAAGACAGCAAAGAGGCAGAAGAAACUCAAAGAUCUGAAAAGGCGUGGUUCUAGGAAACUCAGAAACAGUUCUAUGAUGCUCCGAGACAGGGUACAGGCUGCAGAAGUGGAGCUUGAUGACCCCGUCGUGGAUAAGGCUGACGCGAUAAACAACAUCCUGUCAACAAAUGGGAUUAGCAAGAAGCUCACCAUACCUCUCACCAACUGCACACUUAAUAAUAAUGUUCUCAGGAAGGACAGUAUGAUCUGUCCAAAGGCCCAUCUCAAUCACGAAAUUGAGAAGAAAUUAACCGAACUAAAGAUCAAGGAAGACGGAGAGGAAGAGGACUGUCUUGCAGCAAGGCCAAACAAAAUCAGGAACCCGCUUCUCAAAAACCACAAAGAACUGUUGCCACCAAAGGUCACAUCGGAGACAACGCUGCAGAAGCUGCAGAAGAAGGCUCAGGGACAGUCUCCAAGGCGUAACCGGGCCAAGACCAAGAAUGGACUGGCUCCACUCAAGAGUUCCAAAGAGGAGGUCCCGGUAAAGUCUGGACCUUCCAGAUUCAUUGAGGGUGUGAAGGAGGGACUGGUGCUGAGACCCAGCGUAGAAGAGUGGAGUGAUCCGAUGGCAUACAUGGAGUCCAUCGCUGAUCAGCUCAAUGACUAUGGAAUGUGCAGGGUUAUUCCACCUGAUGGCUGGAAGCCUGAAUGCAAGCUUCAUGCCAACACAAGGUUCACCACAGAAGUGCAGUAUAUUCACAGAUUAAUGCACAGAUGGAAGUCAAGAAGCAAGCAAUUAGCAUGUAUCAAGAGGCAUUUGGAAGAGAGAGAGAAAGUAGCCUACUAUCCUCCUCAGAUAUCUGGCUAUGAGAUAGACCUGGUAGAGUUCUCUCAAGUCGUAGCACAGCAGGGUGGCCUUAAGACCAUCACCAAUAACAAGAGAUGGAAUAAAGUUGCAGACCUGCUUCACAUCCCCAAAGCACUUCAGAGCAGAGUGAAAUUGGAUAGUAUCUACUGCAAGUUUCUUCUCAGUUUUGAUAAUCUUUCAAAGGAAGAUAAACAGAGGCUGGAAAUGGAGACAGAAUUGCUCAGAAAACAGCAAGGUGCAUCGAGGCUUAGAUCACAAGAUCAUGAGUUGAAUGGAUGUGAAGAGGUCGUGUGUAAGGGUCGACCUACGACACUGUCCACGUAUAGCCGUAUGGCUAGUCUUACACAGCAGAUGCUCUAUACCAGGCCAAACCCUCCGCUGGAUAACAUAGAGGAUAACUACUGGAAGAUGUUAGACAAAGGUGAACCACAUGUAGCUGUUCACACUGGCCAGCUCAAUGCGACGCUCACUGCAAGUGGAUUUACUACUAAUAGAGCCAAUCCAUACGCAAAACACAACUGGAACUGCAAGAUGAUUGGCAGGAAUCCCAGCAACAUUCUCCACUUGCUGCCCAGCCAUCUUGGCGUGAACAUGCCGACGAUGAAGAUAGCCAUGAUAUUUGGGUCUGAAGGAUGGGCAAUAGACAGUCUGGGACUGUCACAGAUAGAGUACUUACAUACAGGGUCCCCCAAGAUAUGGUAUAGUGUUCCAGCCAGCCAUUGCAAUAAACUUGAAGAACUGCUGCAAUCUGAUGUGCCAGACCAGUGCACACAUCAACAACAACACUGCCUCUAUAGAAACAACCUACACUGUAUGGUCCCUCCGUCAGUACUAGCCAGCAAGGGUGUGCCGGUCUACCGUCUGGUCCAGGAACCAGGGGAGUUCAUCAUUGUAGCCCACGGUGCUGCCAAGGCUAACUUCUGUACUGGUUACAGCAUGUCUGAGGGUAUUCCAUUCGCCUCAGCAAACAAUCUCCAGCACUGUCUAAGAGGGUUUGAGAUUUGUCAAGAGCUGAAGCAAUCGACUCUCUUCUCCGUGGAACAUCUCUUGUGUGUCCUCACUACAAAUGCUGCCAAUUUGAAGACCAAUCCAAACCUCCUCAGGGAACUCGAGACGAAGCUUGUGCACAUCAGAGAUCGAGAGCUUAGUCUUCGCCACCAGCUGGCAUCUGCUGGCCUCAAGUCUUCCAUAUGCUUUGCGGACUCUGAGACGUGUGAAGACGCCCAGUCCUUGCAGGCUGGGGCCAAGUCUAGGAACCAGUAUGCCUCUGACAAGGGCUGCCAUGUGUGCCGGCAAUCAUGCUAUCUGUCAAUGGUUGUGAGUGAGCGAGAAGAUAGAGUGUACUGCCUCCACCAUGCCUACCAGAUGAUCACAAAGACUAAGAUGUCUGGAAGGAACUUCAAACUUCUCUACAGAUAUAGUGAAAGCCAACUCAGGGAACUUGUUGAGGGUCUGACCACAGGCCCCAGCAACCAUACCGACGAAGCCACACCUUCAGCAACACACCCUACAACAACAGCUGCAACAACAGCUGCAACAACAGCUGCAACAACAGAUGCAACAACGGCAACAACAACGGCAACAACAUCGACGGAAGCCGAGCCAGCACCAAGCAAGUGUAGCUCCUCUGACUUUCCAACCACGAGUACUGCAUCGCCUCCAUCACCUCCAAUACCUCCAACACUAAGACCACCAUCACCACAGUUGCCCCCCAAAACAUCAUCAAUACUCUCCACCACCACAGAGCCGACGAUGUCAAUGACGUCCACAUCUCCAUGUUCGUCAUCGCCAUCGUCUGCAUCAACUUCAGGUACAACCACCACGUCUUCUUCGCCUUCUUCAGAGUCAAGAUUACGGAAGAAAGCUGAGAGAUAAAACAGAGUUUUGAAAAGACUUGGUAGUGCUCCUGAAAAAUGUAAUGACAUAUAGAUUAUUGGUCUCAAAGUUCAAGUUCGUAAACACGCUCCUCUGGGGACAUAUUCAAAGUGUAGAUUUCAAAUUUGCUGCAAAACUGAUAUGCUCCUGUGUGGAAAGAUUGGAAUACAAAGCUCUGUUUGCACAUUAGUGAAUACUCAUAUGUUCUAAUGAAUCAGGAAAACAUACAAAUACUUUUCAUAACUUGUAAAAUGUUGGUGCAAAAUGUUGGUAAUUUGUAGAAUACAUGUAGGUUCACUUGGAAAGGAAAAAAAAAUGAUUCGGUCAGAAAAAAAUGUAGCAGCCAGCUCUUUGGUUAUUGUCUAGAUUGCAAACAGAUCUAGAGAUAUGCUGCUGAAAAAUUGGGAAGUAGUGUCUAAAGAAAGCAAUUUGCCCGAUAGUAAAUUGUGCUAUUCAGACAAAUUUAGUGUUAGUAUUAGAGAAUUUUUACUCUAGAUCAAUUUUCUUUUUCUUUUUUGUUAUGUUAUAUGGAAUGUGAUUGUGUAUAUGAGUUAACCCAUGACACAAGGCUGUCCCAAAGAAUGUUAAGUGAAGAAACAGUUUGAUCCAAGUUACUGCAGGUCAAGAAAAUGAACAUCAUCACUAAUCAAUGGAAUUAUCAGAGUCAAUGUAUAUUUCUCCUGCUAUUUGUUGAAAGGUGUGAAUUUAAGUUCCAGGGAAUGCACUGUAAGUUGAUGAAAAGUAACCAGGGAGAUAUGGGACUACUGCAAAGUUGAAAGAAUCAAAGCUACAUAAAUGCUGCCAUUUUUAUAACACAUCAAGCAGGCCAUGCAAAUACCAACUGGUCUUCCAUGCUAAUGUGUGUACAGGUACAUACUAUUCUCUGAUUGGGGAUAAGAAAUUAAGGAAAUAAAGGAUACAACGUCCUGUAUAGUUUUUGAGUCUUGUAGGCUGGUGGUCAUUGACAUAUUGCAAAGAUUAUUAUGUGUCUGUCAGAAGGACAUUUGUGUUUUGAGUGUAUUAGGCACUCCUCUGCUAAUGUCCUUCUGUUGGGCACACAAGGAGAUGGUUAGAUGAGAGAAGAUAGAACUACCGGUAGCUCUAAUCUGGAGAAGGUUUUCGUUAUCCAGUAUCCAGGGAUGUUUUAGAAUAACCCAUCCACAUCCCUAAGCUUUGGGUGGUUUUACUGUUAUCAUUUUUCUUCUAGCAGAUUUGAUGAUUUAGAAAAUGAUAACCGUUAAAAUAUCACAAAUAUUUUGCGAUAUUACUUAUCUUUCAUCUGGUAUCCUGCUUGUAUCAUCUCCCUUUUGAUGGUUGCUAUUGGUAACGACCAUGGCAUUGCUGGUAUUGUAACCAAUACCAUCAUCAUGACCACCGUGACCAAAACCACUACCAAGACUCUCAAACUCUACUUGUACCAGUCAUAUAUGAAAGCUUAAUCAUUGCCACUAAACUUAAGACUCACAAUACCAUUAGAUUAUACAAAUAUUUGUGUAAAUGGGACUUCUAUGAUCUUUUAUUGAAGAAGACUUAUUUCACAUUGAGAUAGGUAUGGCAAUAUCAGUAUUGAUGGGUGAAAGCGUGCGUAUAAGAGUUUCGUGAUUUCCCCCCUUAGUAUGCUGUGUUGUAGAACAUACAUUUGCAGCUUAACCAUGCAUUAGUGAUUAAAAUCAAAUUCUUAACUAUGUCAUUAGUUUAAGUACAAUGUGUAAUUGUUAUGAUAUGCACUGCAGACCCCUUUUUUAUACUUAAGUAAUUUGUUGUGAACACCCAGACUUUACGAAGCUGGGGGUGGCUGCAGGAAGGGGCUCUGAUACAUUCCUCAUACUAGUCUCUCUCUUUAUCAUGAUAAUCAAAGAGGAUUCAGAAACAUAAGUGCUGCAAACACUGUUGAGAAGUAACGUUGCAAUUUCUAGACAGUGUGUAUGAUGUUGUGUGAUAAGUACCUACAUACCUUGUUAGUGUUGCAUGAAUGUCAAUACCUCAAUAAAGUGCACUAUACACUCGUAUCAAUUUAAAGGAGUCAGAAUUCGAUAAAUAUGUCAUCGAGUUCUAAUCUCAUCCACUAGAUAAUGUCUCACUCUUAGUGUAACUAUCUUCUCAUCAUAAACUAUGCCUUACUUAAUGGUCCAGUAUUCCUCAUAUGUGUAGGUUUUGUGGAUGGUGUUUUCUUCUUUCGUAUGUGUUUUGAAUGUUAUUAGAAGUGUCACAUUUGUGUUGAUAACCAAAAUAUCUCUAGCUGCAAACCACUUACAGUUCAUGUGAAAUCAUAUCAAUGUUCCCAGAACAUUCUCUUUUAAAAAUGUUCUUAAACUAGAAGAAGAAAAUGGUAAACCUUCAAGUUACAUGUAUCUAUUGAUGCUUUUAUGCAAAUAGUUGUACUUUUUAUAUGUUUGGGAAAGUUGGAAGUAAUUCUUUGCUCUAGGAAUGUCAUUGGAUACCAUGUAUCUUGAUCUAUACGUGUAUGUAAACAUCAGCCUUUUUCUAGGCUUUAGAUAGUAUCUUCACAUACAUGUAUUUAUGGUAUGUGAAGUAAAAGCUUAGAAAUGACACCUACAAGUUUCAUAGUUUUUGCCAUCAUGAAUACGAAUAUUUCUCAUCAGGAACUUCCCCUCGAUGAACUUGUAGUCAUCCCUUCUUUACUAGCUGGCAUGUCAUCCCCACUGAAACUUCAUAUACUUUAUAAUGUGCUUGAAAACAUGUUUUUCAUGUUUUUUAAUGAACUUGAUAUUAUUUCAUGGGAGCCAUGGCUACAUUAUCCACUGACUGUAUGAUUCAUGAAAUUAUGAUAAAAUCUGUAUGGUGUGUUUUUUAGGUGAACUUCUAAUCUUCACAAUAUCCUUUGAUAGGAUGGUACAGGCACUAUGUUUGCACGUAUAUUGUGUGUGGUUUAGAUGAACUACUUACUACUCAUCAUUUCGUGUCAGUUUAGACUGCAAAGCUGCAACAAGUUUCCUCAUGUUGCCAAUUCUUCUAAUACAGUGUGAUGACUUCACUGACACUAACUCGUCAUUUAUGUCAUUAUAGACAGUUCUCUGCUGCAUGUAUCAACUUAUUUUCCACCAACAAGUACACUACCAUCAUGACUAUGUUCUUGACCUGCAAAAUAUUUAUGUUGUGUGAUUUUUCAAUAUAUAAACAAGAAGAAACCAUUAAGAAAUGCUGCCAUGUUUUCUACUCGUCAGUUCGUGAGUGUGACCAACCCUGUUCGUAGACCGAAACAGAAGUAAUGAAUGUGUCCUCCUUUGUAUUAAUAUAAUGCUGCACAACUGGAAAUGCCUUUCUGUGUGUUACUAUGUAACAAGCCGAUAUUAGGUUGAAGUGCUGUCUCAGUCAUGUUUAUCAUGUUUUCAUUAUAACGAUGCAAGCUGUGUUCCAACAUGUAUACAUGUAUGUAGAAGAUAUGUUUCACUGUCUACCGGUUAGUAUUUGUGGACUGAAUCUCUUCCCAAAUCUUCUUUUAUGAUCUCUCUUUUUCCCCCAUAUUUGUUUGAUCCGCAUAUUAUGGUUGUAUCCCUAUAUUAUGGUUUCAUGGUAUUGUUUUGCAGAAUACAAAAUAUUUGCUGGUGAUAUGGACAACUUUUUGCUGUAAUGGGAUUUUGAUGGCUACAGUUGUCUUAACUGAUUUGCUAUUAGUAUUAUGAUAUAAGUUUUGUUUGACUGAAUAAUGGAAGGCAGAACAGAAAAUCUACUUGAUAGGUCUUUAAGUAGAAAAAAAUAAUCAGAAAAUGUAUUUGUCAUCUAUGGAGACAUUUUUAUUAUUUCCAUUAAGAAAUAUUUUUUGGGUAUUACUGUAAUUUACCUUUUGAAAGAAAACAAAUCAAAAUUAAGAAUUCAUACAGGGUCAUUUCAUGAUAGAACAGAAGAAAAUCAGGUUUUGUAUUUCAUUCUUAUUUUUUGCACCGAUAUAGAGAGUUGUGCACUGAACGUUACUAUUCAUUUAUGUUUUAUUGAUUUAAACCAUUGUCACAAUGUUUAUGACGUAGCAUGCAAAACUUUUAUGUCUGGGUUUACAAAAUUUACUUACUGCAUGACCAUGUUCUUUUAGAGUAAACAUCUGCUUCUUUUAUGUUUGAUUUCAUGUUCAUUUGUGUAGGUAAUUGCAAAAAGUAAUUUUUUGUUGAUUAAUGAUGUAUAUUUCUGCAACAUUCCAAUUUUCUUUUUGUACAGGGAUUUUGUGUUUCAAUGUAGAAAGAAUGAUAGAUUUUAGAAAUUAGUGAUAGAGGAUGAAUCGUUUAUUUGCUCAGCCAUGUUAGAUGUCUACUGCAGUGGAACUACAGAUACAAAUACUGACAAUCAGAUAUAAAUCAACAAAAUGAAGAACUUGUCCUCUUUUGGGGGAAAAAAACAUUAGGGCAUUUUAGAAAUGAGUCUUCUGUAUUUGAACAAGAUGCUUUGAAGUUUCCUUUAGUGAAUGGAUUUAUUUUAUUGUUUUAUUCUCAAAAUAAUAAUGAAUUUCAAGCCCCAUGGUUUAACUCUUGCUGUGAUUAUUGCUCUAGGUAACUGUACAUGCACACCAUUCUAUUUAAACUGGUUUAAUGUGUCACUAAAUCAACCAUAUGUACCAGGACAUUGGGGAUAAUUUGAGCUCAAAUGUGCGGUUUUAAACUUAUGGAAAGUGUAAACACGUACUCUUUUAAAGGCCAAUUGAAAUUCAUUUGUUUAAUGGUUUCGGAAGGAGCAGUUAUGCGCAUGAAUGAUAACAACAAAAUGUUGAAAAUAUGAAGAAACUAAUCAGAAUGAUGUUUGGGAGAUUAAUUGCUGAAUUUGUGUAUUUUCUUUUCAGAUUAUUAUUUUUCUUUCUAAACAAUCGGUUUUAUCAGUUCCCUCCUUUAGCAUAUACAUGUGAAAUAACAUCAAGCAUAAUAGAGUUAGACCAUGGAACCGCUACGGGCUCAUGCAGGUUUCAAUACUUGUCCUUUUUAGAAUAUAUUUUCAGAUUACAAAACCUGUUUCAUUGCAAAGCAUACCCAUGAUUAGAGAAGACUUGUUCUAAUGAAAAAUAAAUAUGUGAUUGUAAAUUUUACAUUUGAUGUAGUAUGAUUUGUAUAAUAGAACAUGAAUUUUUGUUUAAUUGUUGUCAUCCCUAUGUGUGUGAAUAGGAAUUGUAUUUUUAUUAUGUCAAUUGCCAAGAAUGACAUUGUAGUGAUCCAUGUAGUAUUGUACUAGUUUAGUGUAUUCUCAGUCAUCUAAUUUGAAAUGAUAGUGUAGGUCUCUUCCCAUGAAGAACUUUUCUAUCUGAUCUGAUUUUGUAAACAAUUGUUUUUCCAUACAUGUAUAUUGAUGUCAAACUAAACAAGGGUUUAUUUUAAUUUCAAAAUUUUGUUAGUGCAAUGGUACUAUUUUUCACCCCAGGAACAUUUUCAGUAAUCACAGAUAAAUGAGCCAUACCUCUGAAAAAAUAUUGAGUGAAAUUCAAAACAUGGUUGUGGUUUGUCACAGAUGGCCUAGGGCUCUCUGCUCUUGUUUCUCUAAACCAAUUUAGUUUAGCCCAAUAUAUACGUUAGAAAACAUGGUAGAAAUGAUGUGAAAGCUAUUGCAAUUAUUUCUCCACAAAAAGACAGCCUCACAUGAUACGAGAAAAUCUAUUCUUUUAGAAAAGGUCUAUUUAUUUAGAGAUGAUUGUAGUUAGGGAACUUAAAGUGUGAGUAUUUUCUUAGAUUUCUUUAACUCUUGCUGAGAGAAACAUUUAAUUCUAAAUCAUGAGGCAUAGCAAUCAUUGCAGGAAUCUUAUCAUUUAGGGUUCAUUCAUCCACUCGACUUGGCAAAGUGUGUGCAAUAAUUACGAGUGAAGCGUACAUGUGACACUGGUAGAAUGAAAUAUCUAAUGAUUCAUAUAAACCACUUCAUGAUACAGAUAUUCUGGAGUGUGACAUGUAUAGAAAGAUAGUAAUGCAAAAAAUAGAUAUGCACUGUUUUCCAUCAUUAAGUCUUGACUAUUAGUCAGUUAAUUGUAGAUGGUAAAGUUAGGAAUUUAAAAACACUCUUCGUCAUUGACCUGAUACAAUAUAUUGAUGCAAAUCUGUGUGACAUAUACAUCUACCGGUAUACAAUAUUUUAAUAGAAUAAGAGAGCUUCAUUUAUAUGUAUGUUACAGGGAAGUGCUUAGAUUUCCUCUCUAGGUAAAGUCUAUUUUGAUACAUAUGAAAUAACUAAUAUCCACUGCCCCAGAGUUAUAAUGAUACAUAUAUUUUUCAAACAUAAUUUUCUUAAGAAUAAAGUCCAUAUCAACUUCCUUCACCUGUGGGCAAUAUGGAUUCAGUAAAGGGAGAAAUGCUGAUGAUUUCAAUCUUGAGAAUUUGCUUGCAGAAAAGGGAAAGAUAUGUAUUUUUCUAUGUCGUAGUCUCUCAAACAGAUUAUGGAAAUAUACACAAGCUCUUUACAAGUGAUUGAUUCACUUCAAAUGCGUGAUCUUUUCGUAAACUUGUAUUAGUUUUAUAACCCAUGUAUCAUUAAUUAGUUUUUAUAUAAAAUGUGCAAAAACCCUAGUAGCUUUAUUGAAUGAUUACUACUUCUCCAUGGAAAUGAAUAGUGUGUGAAUUCAAUAUAUGAUAUCUUCUAAAAGGAGCAUCUAUUAUGCAAUCAUCUCUGUAAUGUGAGUGUGAAAUAAUCAGUCCUCUUUUGUAGAUGGAUGGCAUAGAAACAGACUUUCUGUUUCUGUUCCAAUGUGUUUUUAGUUUUUCUUCAUUUUUCUUAUUCUCAGUACAUUUUGUUAUCAAUGUUGACCAUUCAUAACAUCAAUCUAAGUGUUUUGUUAAUUCUUUGUUUGCUUGAUAUGUGUUUAUGAAGUAUGAAGUAGUUUCUUUUAGUUAUGAGUUUUAAUUUGUUGCCCUUUUCUAUGUUCAAACCAUCAUUGGCAGAACAGUGAACAGUUUUCCCCAUUGGUGUCAGAGGUUAUGCAGAGUAAAAUUUACUUUGUGACAAAGAAAGCAAUGGGAUUGGAGUUUGAUGAACAGAAAUCGUGGUCUGAAACUAAGCACUUUGGGAGAUGAAUUCCUCAUUUCAUGAAUUGGAAGUCACAGGUUCAAUCUGCAAUGUUUGUUAAAGAGAACAGUUUUGUCUAGGGCUAGGGAAAAGAGAUGGAGCAUAACAAAAGAGGAGUUGAAAUUGUGAUUUUCAAUUUUAAAAAAGUUUUCUUUGUUGGAGGAAUUAAGAAAGUUGAGAAUGUGUGAAUAUCAUGUACACAAGAAUGAAGUUUGAAAUGUCAAUACAGAGGCUACUUAUAGAUUGCUUCAUGGAAAAAUAAGAGAACAAAGUACAUUUUCCAACACAGUCUGGAAAGUUUAGGCUUGGAAUCGGCUUAUGCUGUUGUAUGAAUACUAGUAAAAAGAAACAGAGAUGAAGGAAGGUGUUAUGAAAUGAAGGAUGGUGUUAUAUUGUACAGUGUAAAUUUAGCACAGUGUAUAUUUGAAGAAGUUGGUGUACAGAAGAUGGUCAGAAAGGAGAUCUGAUGGUGAAAGCUUUUGCAAAGAGGCUUUGAUGAUUGUACAGAAUGUUGAAUCACAAAGAAUUGUCUGUAGUCAAAUGAUCAACCAAACUGAAAAUGUAAAUGAAAGAACCGAGUCUUGUUCGACAUAGAGAAGAGAAAGUUGAUUGGAAUUGAAACUUAAUGGAAUGCACAAUUGAUGUUGCCAAGUAGCUCACUGUACAGUGUUAGAAGUAUGUGAUACAAUGGUGUCACUUUAUGAUGUGAUUAGAAUGAAAUUUGUAGAUUUUGGAAGAUGAUUUGCUCACCAUUUUGUUUCUGUGUUGUUAUUUUUCUCUUUUCUUGUAUUUAUUGUUUGUUUUUUGUCUACCUCCAAGUGUUUUGAGGUGGAAUAAACUUUUGAGAAUUUUUCCUACAGAAAA